GCGCGACGCAGUCAACCGGGCGGAACGGGGCGGAUGGUUUUCGUUUUGGAAUCAAGAGAAUGAACGGGCUUGGUAUCCGACAUGCGCACGAGUCGUCUUGGGGUGUGUGUGUGUGUGAGCAGAACGACCCGUGCCUCGUCUCCUCGGCCCCUAGCCCCACCUCGAAAGUAGAAAGGCCAUCAGGGGUCCACAAUGCAUGACUGACCACCGACUCUCGUCUGUGGACGUUCAACUUGAAGUUUGUGGCUGUUGUGUGCGGCUAUAUACGGCGACUGUGCAGCAUGCAGCAGAGAGCAGCUUGUGUGUGUCUGGCUGUCUGUCUGUCUGUCUGUCUGUCUGUCAGGAGAUGAGGAUGAGUGAGCGUUUCUCUGUCUGUGCGAGGUGAUAUAUAAGAGAUGGAGUGAGAAGAGCUGGAGAAGGUGCACAUCCGUACACACGUACAUACAUAUGCAUACGUACAUAGUGUACACGCAGUGACAGACAGACAAGCAAAGUCAAUCAAUCAAUCGACAGAGACAACAUCAAUCAAUCAACAGUGAAGCAAGAUGAAGGGCCAGACGGUUCUCAUUCUGUUGUUGUCUUUCUUGCAAGCCAAGGCGUUGGAGCCGGCGCUGCCCGCCAAGCAAGCUGCGACAGCGGCACUCGACGAGGCGACACCAACGGUCGACGUGCAGACGGCCCUGGUCGCCAAAGAAGCUGCGACAGCGGCACUCGACGAGGGAGCCACACCCGACGAAUUUGAACGUAUGGCGAGAUGCGUCGAUAUGAAUGAUCAUGUCUCUUUGUUGUCCGUGCGGUGUGUGUCUCUUCAGUUGAUGAUUUUCUCGGAGAGUCCCCGUCACCGUCGCCCUCCUUGGUCUGUAUCCCUGUGCCCGUCGACCUCCACGCAAACCACCCGAUAAUUCAGGGUGAGAGAAGGUGCACAGUGUGUUCACUGUGUGUUCACAUGCGUAUGUGCAUCAUGAUGAUUGAGCUUCAUUAAUGCUUGCGAUGUUCUGUGGCUGUGUGUAGAGGCUGCCGCCCACAUCCUGGCACAGAUCAAAGUCCCGCCAACAAAGGUCCGUCAGCCAAGUGCCGACGCAUCGUCUGAGCGUGUGUGCCGCUAUCAGGUACUCUGCGAGAAGAAAAAGAAGACAGAAAAGGAGAUCCUGAAGGACUGCGGCGGCGACAUGACCAAGCUGCAGGAACUCAAAGACGGAAGUUGGGUCGAGAAGGCCAUCGUGGUGGCUGACGCGUGGUGGCAGCUGCGGUUCGGCCGGCCGACGACAUUUGCCGAGCGAUUGCUCCUGCUGGAGCACCUGACAAUGGGAUCCUACGACCCCGCCCUCGUCGACAAACUGCGAAAAGGUAGGAAGGUAGGUCGACAGAGUUAAUGCAGCCAGGCACAUCACUUUGGCUGGUGUCUGCAGAUGACGAUGAUGAUGACGGACCCCCUCCCGCCGCAGGGAGCAGCAGCAGCAGCGGCGUUUCUGCUGAGGCCAGAGGCAAGGAAUGAAUGCUCAUUUGUCAUGGAUGUAUAUCCGUGUCUGUCUGUCUGUGUGUUGUGUGCAUAACUGGUGCAGUCUUCGACGGCAUGCAGCCUUGGCGUGACGAUGAUUCUCGGAGCCACAAAGAAAUGACUGAUCACUUUCGACAAGGGUGGAUCGAUGAAAGGCUCAUGGAUGGGACCAAUGAUCGUGAGUGAGACAAUGCGUGGACGUAUCAUGAUUGGAC